CUCUCCUUUUCCCUUAAUAAUAAUAAAAAAAAAGAAAUCACUUCAGUAUUUCUAUCUCGAAAAACAUCUUCUUCUUUCCGGAGAAAAAACUUUUUCAUCUGAAACCCUAGCACUUCUUUCGCCAGAUACAGCAGCGAUUUCGCGAUCUGUAAACAAAAAACCAAGAAUGCCGUUUAUUUCCGAGGCUGCGAGCGCAAUUAAGAGUCGAUUUGGCUUCCACGGCCACUCGUCUUCGGAAUCCGUGCUUCCGGUCCGUAGUACGCCUGAUGUGCUGGUGAAAUCUGCGUCUAGAGAUCCCGAUCACUCGUCUCUGGCCGUGUCGGCUGUUCGGAGGAUUGGCGACUGGAAUGAUGACGCCACCACCACCACUGCAACUGCACUGCCGCCGUCUCAGAGCUUCGAGAUUCAAGAGGAUCCUGCCUUCUGGCAAGACAAUAAUGUCCAGGUUGUCAUUAGAGUUCGGCCUCUUAAUAGUUCUGAAAUCUCAAUUCAAGGAUACAACAAGUGUGUUAGGCAAGAAAGCUGUCAAACAAUCACUUGGGCGGGGCAUCCUGAAUCACGUUUUACCUUUGACCUUGUUGCUGAUGAGAAUGUUAGCCAGGAGAAACUCUUCAAAGUGGCUGGAGUGCCAAUGGUGGAAAAUUGCGUGGGAGGAUACAACAGUUGCAUGUUUGCAUAUGGGCAAACUGGAAGUGGAAAAACUCAUACAAUGCUUGGAGACAUUGAGGGAGGCACUCGAAGACACAGUGCCAAUUGUGGGAUGACACCGAGAGUCUUUGAAUAUUUAUUUUCAAGAAUACAGAAGGAAAAAGAGAUUCGUAAAGAAGAAAAGUUAAGAUUCACUUGUAAAUGCUCUUUUUUGGAAAUAUAUAAUGAGCAGAUCCUUGAUCUUUUAGACCCAUCAUCAAACAAUUUACAGAUAAGAGAAGACAACAAGAAAGGGGUCUAUGUUGAGAAUCUUAAGGAGAUAGAAGUUACAACUGCACGGGAUGUGAUGCAACAACUUAUUCAAGGUGCAGCAAACAGAAAGGUGGCUGCGACAAAUAUGAAUCGUGCAAGUAGUCGUUCUCACAGUGUAUUUACAUGUGCCAUUGAAAGUAAAUGGGAAUCCCAAGGUGUUACACACCACCGUUUUGCUCGGCUUAAUUUGGUUGAUCUAGCGGGUUCUGAAAGGCAAAAGAGUUCUGGGGCUGAAGGUGAACGUCUAAAAGAAGCUACUAAUAUUAACAAGUCUCUUUCAACAUUGGGACUUGUGAUCAUGAAUCUUGUAAGCAUUUCCAAUGGAAAAUCAUUACAUGUUCCCUACCGGGAUUCAAAACUUACUUUUUUGCUUCAGGAUUCUCUUGGAGGGAAUUCAAAGACAAUCAUAAUUGCAAACAUUAGUCCUUCUAGUUGUUGUUCAUUGGAGACACUAAGCACAUUGAAGUUUGCACAGCGGGCUAAGUUUAUUAAAAAUAAUGCAGUUGUGAAUGAAGAUGCAUCUGGAGAUGUUAUUGCUAUGAGGAUGCAAAUUCAACAGCUUAAGAAAGAAGUAUCCCGUCUACGAGGAUUAGUUAACAGAGGAGGUGAAGCUCUGGAUAAUGACACAAUAAGCUUUCCAGGAUCACCAGGAUCAUUUACGUGGGAAGGGCUUCAGGGGUCAUUCAGUCCACUUACAUCUGACAAAAGGAUGUCUCAGAAAAAGGAUUAUGAAGUUGCUCUUGUUGGGGCCUUCAAGAGGGAGAAGGAAAAAGAAAUUGCUCUGCAGGCAUUGGCAGCUGAAAAUCAGGCAGCAAUGCAGUUGGCAAAACAAAGAGAAGAUGAGAUUCAAGGCCUGAAAAUGAGGCUGCGCUUUCGAGAAGCAGGAAUUAAGAGGUUGGAAGCUGUUGCUUCUGGGAAGAUCUCUGCUGAGGCACACUUCCUAAAAGAAAAGGAGGAAUAUCUGAAAGAAAUAGAAGUUCUACGAGCUCAAGUUGAUAGGAACCAAGAAGUGACCAGAUUUGCCAUGGAGAAUUUGCGCCUGAAGGAAGAAAUCCGAAGGCUAAAGUCAUCUAUUGACGAAGGUGAACGUGAGAUGAUGAAUCAACAGAUUGCAGUGUUACAGAAUAAGUUGCUAGAAGCACUUGAUUGGAAACUUAUGCAUGAAGCAGAUCCCUUGGUAGCUCAGAAAACUAACUUGGAUGUGGUCCCUGGAGUUGACAGUAAUAGCGAUCAACUGCUCUCUGGUCAGGCACCUGAUGCAACUUGGUGCUCUUCACUCAGUGAAGAAAAUGAACUCCUUCGCAUGCAGGCUAUUGAAAACCAAGCAGAAAUAGGCACACUACAGAAGAAAAUAGAUUUUUAUCUCGAAGAGAAAGAAAAGCUGGAAAGGCAUGUUGAGGAUCUACUUGAGAAACUUGGAGAAGAGAGAUCAUCUAGAGCAAUGAGAGAACAAAUACAGCAGACAGAGCUUCAUAAUUUGUCAAAGGAUAUGCCCAUUGUCAACUUUAAUGAUCAAACAGAGCUGAAGACAAUGGUUGAUGCCAUUGCUGCUGCAAGUCAAAGAGAAGCAGAAGCUCUUGAGAGAGUAUACAAGCUAACUCAAGAGAAUGAUGAGCUGCGUUUUAAGCUGAAGGGUUAUGUUGAGGAUAACAAACAACUUGUUGAAUUAUAUGAGCAGAAAGCUGCAGAGAAUGACACCGGAGGUUCAAAUAAAACUGAGAUUUCUCUGGAAGAUGAUGCUACUGAUUUAGGACAGCUUGGUGAAGAAAAAGAGGCUGAGAUGAAGAAGGUGAUUGAGAACCUAGAACAACAGCUCACGGAAAUGCAUGAAGAAAAUGAAAAAUUAUUGAGUUUGUAUGAGAAGGCCAUGCAGGAGAGAGAUGAAUUUAAGAGAGUUCUUUCUUCCAAUGGACAGAAUAUAGCAUUUGUUAGAGAAUUUGAUUGUCCUGAGAAGCUUGUUGAAGUUGAUGGAGGGGAACCAGAUGAACUUUCUGCGUAUAUUGAGGCAAAGGAGUCAGAGAUCGAUGCUGGUCUUGUUGAAUCUAAUAUGCCAGACGUCAGAGAAGAUUCAGUGUUUGAUAAGUUUACUCCAUCUACAGAAGCAAUUUCCAGAAUGGAUGAGCAGACGGAAUCCAGCCCAUGCCCGGUGUACUCUCAAUUGAAAGAAGAUCAAUUUGAUUAUCUUCCCAUUAAUAAAAUUCCCGAGUCAGGGAAAUCUGUUGGCUAUGGUCAAUCAGAAGCAGGCCAUAAGAUUGAUGAGGGUACCUCGUGGAUGGAAAUAGAUCCAUCAAGCAUCACUACAACGAGGAUACCUGAAUAUCUAAAUUGGGUCCAAACAAAACUUGAAAGUGCACGGGACAAACUUUUGGGUUCUUCAAAAACCCUUAAUCUGUUUGGUUCCCUCGAGAAAGCAUUCAUGGAGGUGGAUAAGCUUUCCAGAGAAAUGGAAGUAAUGGAAGGAGUUAUAGAGGAGAAGCAGCAAUUACUGGAAUCAUUGAAGGUCCUUUCUUCAGAAAUGAGAGAUAGGAAAGAUCUUAGUGAUAAAAAGCUAUCAGCACUCAAGUACUCUCUAACAAGCUUUUCUGCAUCUGUAGCUUACUUUGAACAGCGAGAAGCUCGGGCAAGGGCAAGGUUAAGUGCUUCAUUGUCUUACUUGGACAAAAAGAAAGAGGAAUUGGGCCAUCUUCAAGCUUGCAAAGGGGAAAUUGUGGCUUCCAUGGGGAGGACGCGAGAAUCUGAAACUGAGGCUAGGAACAACCUUGCCCUCUUGAAAUCAAAACUUGAAGAAGAGAACAGGGCAAAAGAGAAUGAAAAGGUUCUCUUUGCCAUAGAUAACAUGGAGAAGAUGGACCCCUCACAGAGAAACUGGUAUUUGGGUGGUAAAGCUUCUGAGUUACUCAAGUCUGAGGAAGAGAAAAACAAGCUGCAAAAUGAGAUGAAGCUCUUGAGAGAAAAACUUGGGGCUAUGAGAAAGGAAUUUGAUGAUUUGAAUAAAAAAUUUGUAAAAGUAGAGGAUGAAAUGAAAGCUGUUAUAGUGGAAAUACUGAAAGGAUCAAACUCAGUGGAGGAGAUGGAGCUUGCACUGCAACGGGUAGUCCAAGAGAAGGAAACUCUCUUUGAAGUCAGAGAGAAUGGAAAGACAGAAUUUGAGAGCAUGAUUGUUGAAUAUCAGCAGCAUGUUUUUGAGGCAGAACUCAAAGAGGCAGAAUUAAAGACGAUUGAAGAUGAACUUCAGCAGGAGUUGAGAAGAAUAGAACAAUUGCGGACAGUGAGGGCUGAAGCUGCUGAGAAGGUAAAGCAAUUGUUCUGUGCUACAGGUGAUUCAUGCUUCUUAUCAGAAAAGAUUGCAACAGAUCUAGAAAGUGUUUCUGCAACAAUCAAGGAGGCUGAGACAUUGCUAGGAAUGGGUCAUUCAAAUAACAGUUAGAUUUUGAUUUUUCCUUUGAUUUUUCCACAUGAACUAAGCCUGUCAUGCAUGUAUUAAACUCUUGUGUAAUUAAGAAGUUUAGCUCUU